CGUCUAGUUUUUCACUUGUUCUGGGGAGCGGUGGGAUUUUUUGAAUUAGGAGCUGCGCACGUGCCAUGCCCUACGAUGUGGAGCUACGUGAUGGCGGCGGCGCGAGGUGACCCCCGCAGACGCCCAGGGUCGGUGUUUACGGUGCAAUCGGCGGGGGCCGGACCUGGCCCCUGCAGGGACGGGCUCAACCACCCCAGAUGCCCCAUCAACUCGCACAAAGGAUACCAGAGUGCGAUUUUUCAGAAGGAUAUCAUUUCGAGAGGCUUUUCAAGGGACGAACUCAACUCGAAUCUCUCAAGAGAUGGGUCGAGGGACGUGCUGGCCGAAGUACGGGUGCAUACGCCCUAUGCGGAGAGGUGUCAUAGCCCUUCUGAAGCACCUUUACAGGAAAAUACUCAACAGAGCCGUCUUUUUUCGACCGUUCGCGGCCGGCUGAGGAGGGUGGCGGCUUCCUUGCAAGCGGCCAUCCGCUUCCGAAGGUUCUCGCGCAAGGAAACACAGCCACCGGACUGGUUCGUCGACAAGAGCCACCAGGACGAAAGCGCCGACCAGGACGACGGCCCCGAGCCCGCCUGCUGGGGACACCACAUCGUUGUGGACCCCGCCCUGCCAUCGCACUAUAAGUGGCUGAUGGUAGUGUCGCUGGCCGUCCUCUACAACGUCGUCUUCGUCCUCGGUCGCGCCGUCUUCUGGGAACUCAACAAUGCCGUGCCACCCCUGUGGUGGACCUUGGACUACGCCUGUGAUGUCAUCUACAUUAUAGAUACUCUAGUUCAUGCUCACGAAGGUUACCUGGAGCAAGGCCUCCUGGUGACGGACCCGCACAAGCUACGAGCCCACUACCUCCUGUCGAAGUCCUGGAGGACGGACAUCCUCUCCGUGCUACCCACCGACCUGGCCUACAUCUGGUGGCUGCCCUACGAGUGCAGCGACAACAAAGUGCCCUGUUCCGUGAUCGUCCGCCUAAACAGACUCUUCAAGCUGCCGCGUUUGUGGGAGUGGUGCGAGCGGACAGAGACCGACACGAACUACCCCAACGUGUUCCGCAUCUGCAAGGUGGUGCUCGCCAUCCUGGUGCUGAUCCACUGGAACGCGUGCCUCUAUUUCGCGAUAAGUUACGCGAUCGGUUUCGGGACGGACAACUGGGUGUACAAUAUCUACGGGCCUAAGAACUCCACGUUGGCGAGACAGUAUAUUUAUAGUUUCUACUGGUCUACAUUGACGCUGACGACGAUCGGGGAGACUCCGGUGCCGGAGAACGACGCCGAGUACUUGUUCGUGGUGGCGGAUUUCUUGGCGGGAGUGCUGAUCUUUGCCACCAUCGUAGGCAACAUCGGCUCGAUGAUCUCCAACAUGAACGUGGCCCGAGUGGACUUCCAGAACCGCAUGGACGGCGUGAAGCAGUACAUGGCGUUCCGCAAGGUAGGGCGAGAGUUGGAAGCGCGCGUGAUCCGGUGGUUCGCCUAUACGUGGGCCGAGAGCGGCGCUCUAGACGAGGAGCGGGUGCUGUCCGCCCUUCCGGACAAGCUGAAGGCGGAGAUCGCAAUCAGGGUGCACCUGGAUACCCUGAGGAAGGUCAGGAUCUUCCAGGACUGCGAGCCCGGGCUGUUGGAGGCCCUGGUGCUGAAGUUGAGGCUGCAGGUAUUUUCUCCGGGAGACUAUAUAUGCCGGAAAGGUGACGUGGGCAAAGAGAUGUACAUCGUAAAAAGAGGCAGAUUGCAGGUCGUCGCCGACGACGGCUACACCGUCCUGGCCACCCUGGGGGCCGGCUCCGUGUUCGGCGAGGUGAGCGUCCUGGACAUAGCCGGAAAUCGCACUGGAAACAGACGAACGGCGAACGUGAGGUCCUUAGGCUACUCCGAUCUAUUCUGUUUGGCUAAGGACGACCUAUUAGUUGCGCUGGCCGAUUACCCCGAGGCAAGGGCGACGCUGACGGAGCGCGGUUGUCAAUUGUUGCGAAAAGACGGCCUCUUAGACGAAGAUCAGUUCCGGAAGGCUAGAGAGACGCAGGAUUCGAUGGCGGACAGUAUUAAGAAGCUGGAAAGCACUGUGGAAACUCUGCAGACGAGGCUGGCCAGGCUGCUCGCAGAAUUCACAGCCAGCCAGGCGAAAUUGAAGCAGAGGCUGACGAAGGUGGAGACCAGGCCCGAAAGGGAGAAGGACGCCCCCCAGGAAACUUUAGCGGUCCCUGCAGGACGAAGGCGACUCCACUCGUUCGAGGCUAGAAGAGAGAUCACUGGUUCUACCUCCAGGCAUAAAACUAUGUAACUUUGACCAAAUUUAUCUUCGACGAAUGCUAGGUAAUAGCUGUGUGUAUUUAUUUUGUAUAUUUUUAAUCGAAAUACGGGGUGAUUUCGCUUGGUCUCAGGAAGCUUAACUUUGGAGAUAAUUAAAAUUGAAUUUUUGCUAUGAUUCUUUAAAAAAAACUGCAAAAAUCCUAAAACUAAAAAUUAUGGAGUUAAGCAUAUUCAUGUACAAUGUGAAUUCGACUUUUGUAACAUCAGAAAUUAAAGUGAAAUCACCUGUAUAGUUAGUUUAGAAGUUGGCAACAUUGUUUCCUGCAUAUUUUGUUACCAUAAGUAAAAAUUAUUUACAAAUAACAAUGACAACACAAAAAAUUACCAUCAAAUGAUAAAUUCCGCUUCUAGAUUAUAUUCCAGCUCACAAAACCAAUAGGAAUUGUUUAUCAUAGAUUUUAUAAAUGCUAUUUAUCAUUGGUUUUAUAAACGCUGUUUAUCAUUAGUUUUAUAAGUGCUGUUUAUCAUUGGUUUUAUAAACGGUGUUUAUCGUUUGUUUUAAAAGCUACGCUAUCUGUUCAUCGGCUACAGCGUUGCCAACUAGAUUUUUGAUUUAAUAUCGAAGAAGCUGUCUGAAGACAUGUAUACCUAAAAAAAUUAACGGACAAUUUUAUAUAUAACUCCUAGCAUAAAUAAGUAAAUGUGAUGAAUGAAAGUGAAAUAAGUUUUGAUAUAUUUAACAUAUCCUCAGAAUGGGAAAACCGAUUCGUUUGUACCUAAUAUCUAUGCCUUUGUUUGUAAAAAGCUUUAGUGAUUUAUAUAUAUAUAUUGAGCUUCCGUAAAUAGAUGUUUUUUAUAAAAGGAAAAUUAUUCAAGAAUGAUAAAUUGCUUGUUUAAUAUUUCGUUUCCUCUUUUGUUAUAAGAAUUUACUGUUGUAAUAGUUCCAUAACACUUCAUUCUGUUCAGACAAAUCAGUUAAUAAUAUUAAUGUACCUACUGGUCUGUUAUUUUGCAAUAGUCCUCCUAUUUCAAGACACAUGAAUUGUGUAAUAACGCCCUUAUAAAAAAAUUUAAAGAACAUAAUAAAUGUCAAUUCAGAAAUAGAAAUUAUCAUAUCAACAUCAUAGGUACCAUAUAUUUGUCCAAAAACUUUCGAAUUAAAUAACGGACUAGUAAGACAACAAACGUUGACAGCACCGAGGGUGUUGUAGGAUAAUAAAUCCCAUUAUCAAAGUACACCUUGGCGCAUGGUUAUCCUCAUAACAUUGUAAAUUCCAAUUUCUAGUAUGAUUUUUUUCAGAAUAUAACCGACGUAUUAUCGAAAACAUGUCUCUUGUUAAUGUUCACUGUCAGACUAGGCUAAAAUUUGGGGGAAACAAGACGCUUAAUAUAAAAUAGCGACAGGUCAUUUGGACCAAAACAAAUUACAUAUUUUAAAAACUGACAUUUUUAGUUGAACGGGAGAUAUUUAUCAUUCUUGAAAUCAAUAUUAUUUUAAUUGUGAUAGUCACUACACAUUUUUAAAUUGUUUGUAAGGAUUUUUUUUAAUAUUUUGUACUUUAGCUAAUGGUUACCAAAGACACUGUAAUCAUACACCAUAAAGAAUAGUGCUUUAUAGAUAGGAAAUUGUGUUGUGACAAGAUUACGGAUUAUUUUUUAUCUUGCCUAACAUUUUCACUUUACCUUUCUCCAAUAUUUGAGUGUAACUUGUCACAACUCUAGCAGAAACUAGAUCGUAUACAGAUUUAUUACUCUAUAUAACCACUAACUUCGCCUAGAACUUUUUUUAUUAUAAAUCCAAGAAACUGUGAAAUAAGAAUAUCUUACCAAAUCCUUUUCUGUAUUUCUAUAACUUGAAAUUUGAACGGAAUUGAACUUGAAUUUAGAAAGUGUUCUUUUCUUGCGUAUAUUAAAAAAAAAAACUACUUUACAUUAUGUGGAAAAUUGUAAGAUUCAAGCAUUUUGAGGGGUAAGUUACACAAUUUGCAACUGAAUAAUAGUUUCAUCAAAGAGAACAAAAUUGAUUAAAAUACCUCUCUUUGUGGAUUUCAAAGACAAGUAUUGCAAAAUUUUUAACGGCGGUUUUUUACCAUACUGAUUGCGUAAAUCUGCAAAAAUAUCCAACUAUACACUUUUCGCGGGUUUAUAGGUAAUUAUUAUAUAAUAUUCUAAGUAUAUUAUUAUAAUAUUUAUAUAGAGAAACGCUCAGGAUUGUCAAUUAACUCAGUGCGGGUUUUGUGGAGUGUCCUCUAUACUGAGUUAGCAAAGAAGGAAACGAAGGUGUUGCUGCGAACAGUUUAUUUAACUACUGUUGUUAUAGACAUAUCUAUUUUCGUAAAUAAUCACACAAUUACUAUUUUAUAUAAAUAGCUUCAUUAAUUUAGGAUUAAGUAUCCACUAGGCCCAGCAAAUGAAUUUCUAACUGGAAGAAACUUCCUUCUUCAAAAUUGAAAGUGUGGCAAACUCACAAAAAAACAGUUUAAGUAGAUGCGACCCAGUUACUAUAUUUUGACCUCAAUAUUUGUGCUCCUUAAUAGAUUAACUGGCAUAAAAUACUUUUAUCUCUCGAAUUGUUCUAUUCUCUAUUGAUUUAAAUGACGGUAUAUGUUCAUUUGGAGGGUCUGGUACCAGAAGCCUUAUUAUAAUUGUGAUAAUGACACAUUUUUAUGUAUAUAAGGAACUUAGUUAAGGUCUAAGUUAAAACUAACAAAUGAAAUGGUUGGUUUUACUUGUUAAAACGAGUACAUUAAAAAAUCCAAUUCAUUAAUAGUUGGAGGAGACUCUAGGAUUAGAAAUGUUGAGAUACUAUAAUCUAACGAACCAAAAAAAAUACUGUAAUUGUGUAAUGAAAAAUUAAAUAAAUUAUUCAAUAAUUU